AUGCAGGUGUGUCCAGGGGUGGAGGCUGACAUCUUUGAGAAAAUGAGAAUCACCAAGGAACAGGAUCCAGAGAACUUGUACCUACAUUGUGGACUGGGGGAGGAGGAGAUUAGAGAGGGAGUUCCCAAUGCGUUUGAGAGCAGUGCUGCUCAGAGUCAAACUACACUGGUGUCCAAACUGGAGACCCUGCAGUGCCACUUCACCUGGGAUCUGGAGCCCAGCAAGUCCAAACUUCUCCGUCUUCGGGACCAACUGAAGGACAUCGGCACCGAGGAGGGAAACAGGUGGCUGGGUCACAUUCACAACCUGCAGGGGUUUGUUGAAUACAAGAUGAAAAACAUAGAAAAUGCCAAGAGUUUGUUCAACAAGGCUGCAGAGGCCUUCUGCCAGCUGAGAAACGCAGACGAGGGUCCCUGGUUGGUGGUGAACUACGGGAACCUGGCUUGGCUGCACCACCACCUGGGGGACGAAGCAGAGAGUGAGGCUUACCUGUCAAAGGUCGACGCCCUGAUGAAUAAAUACCCGUCUCCAUCCCAGGAUGAGCUCCAUCCGGAGAUCUACGCUGAAAAAGCCUGGUCCCUGAUGGAGUUGAGCGCAGAUAAAAAGCUGGCUGCUGAUUACUUCCAGAGAGCCAUCAGGAUGCAGCCGGACAUGGUGGAGUGGAACUCCAGCUACUUCUUGGUGUUGGUCAAAAAUUGUAAGUACAACAGCACAGGGCUGGAGGCUGAGGUCUUGGAGAAAAUGAGAAUCGCCAAGGAGCAAGAUCCAGAGAACUUGUACCUCGCUGUUUACUACCUUGAGCAACGUGCUAAAAAAGGAGAAAAGGUUGACGAUGAAGCUCGUGAGUUAGCACAAAAGGUUUUGAGAAAUCCUGUCAGCAGCUACAGUGGUAUUAAAGCAUUAAUUCGGCUUUACAGAAACUUUAUUUCUGUUGAUGAGGCUACUGAUUUGGUAGAUGAGGCUCUGGAAAAACAUCCAGAUGAGUGUUAUCUGAAGAGAUGUGCUGCACUCUGCUACAAAUGGAAGAUCAUUUGCAAAGAGCAAAGAAAGCCAAAGCAAAGCGUGAUAGACAGAGCAAUCACUCUCCACAAGGAGGUGAUUUCUCUUUAUCCUCAUUCUUCACUUCUGAUGAAAAUAAACCUUGCAAACAUAUACGCAAAGUCAGGUUAUGGUCUGGCUAAAGCUGAGCAGAUCUACCAGGAGCUGUUAGAACGUGACCUGGAACCUGCAGACAAACAGAUGCUUUACUACAACUACGCAAAGUAUUUACACUUUGAUCGAGACGAGUUCGAAAGUUCACUGCGAUAUAACAUGAAGGCGGCCGAGAUACCACACCAGUCCCUCUAUCGUGACGGCAGCAUUAGAGUUCUGGAGAAGAUUAAAGGCAGAAUGCGUAGAGAAAUACAGGAGUUUCUGCGCAACCUGCAGGAGCCACAGUGUUUUUAUCAGCACUGA